AUGACGACAACAACAACCACAACAAUCAGCGGCAUUGUCAGCAGCAGUUUGCACAAAGGCAACUCAAUAGCAUCGCCAGCAGCUGCUUCCGGUAUUAAUCGCAAUAGCAUCGAUCUGAUCGACGAUUCCCGCAAUGGUGGUCCCUAUUUCGACAAGGGUGCUUCCAAGAAUGUCACCGCCUUGCUGGGCAAGACGGCAUAUUUGAAUUGUCGCGUCAAGAAUUUGGGCAAUAAAACGAUGUUGUUGCAGGUUUCAUGGGUGCGACAUCGAGACAUUCACCUGCUCACAGUUGGACGUUAUACAUAUACAUCGGAUCAACGUUUUCGGGCUAUACAUCAACCGCAAACUGAAGACUGGAUGCUUCAGAUUAAGUAUCCGCAACACCGCGAUUCUGGUAUUUACGAGUGCCAAGUGUCCACAACACCCCAUAUGAGUCACUACAUUCAGUUAACUGUUGUGGAGCCGUCAACGGAAAUAAUCGGCGCACCAGAUUUGUAUAUAGAAAGCGGUUCGACUAUAAAUCUCACCUGUGUCAUACUCAACUCACCUGAGCCGCCGGCCUAUAUAUUUUGGAAUCACAACAAUGCUAUAAUCAACUAUGAUUCGCCCCGAGGCGGUGUCUCGGUAGUAACCAACAAAGGUGAGACGACGACAUCAUUCCUUCUGAUUAAAUCAGCGCGUCCAUCGGACUCCGGGCAUUAUCAAUGUAAUCCAUCAAAUGCAAAGCCCAAAAGCGUAACGGUACAUGUGCUGAAUGCGCCACAUGGCAUUGGCGUUGGCGAGGGCGUGGCCCAAAACUACAACAACAAAAACAAUCAGCAACAGCAGCUGCAACAGCGACGUUUAGGCAAGUAUAUGAAGCGGACAUAA